UUGAAAUUAUAAUUUCUAAUUAUUCUUGUUAUCUUUUUCGUUACACAUAGUCAAAUAUACUGUAUAAAUAUUUUUUACGUUAGGGAAAUAUUAGGUUAUCUCUGCGGGACAAUUCAUUGUUAGUGUGUUUCGUACCGUACAGGUUAGGAACAGUUGGCUUUUAAAUUAUUAAUAGUAGGAAGAAAUAAACAAAAUGCCUCCAAAAAAAAGUCAGGCGAGAAAGAAAAAGUUGAAAGAGAAGGAAAAGAAAGAAGAUACGAGGGAAGCAGAGUACCUAGAUGAUAUCAUCAUAGAUGAACAAAAGAAUGUUGCAAAAGAUUUUGAUUUCCUUAUGAAUGCUCCAGUUUCUGAAGACAAUUAUUUUAUUCCACAAUCAGAAAAAAGUUGGACCAUCGAUACUUCUAAAUAUUCCGAGUACUUUACACUUGAUUUGAAAAUUUUAUCAGCGGCGAUCGAGUCGAUUCCAUUCAAUGAAAAUGUUAAUAUAAACACUAAGUAUUUUACUAAUGAUCAGUUAACAAACAUUUUUAAUAUAGCCGAACAGGGUGAACAAAAAUAUAAUGAGAUUCUAAAUAAUUUAGGAAUGGAUGUUUUAAAUAAUACAAAAAGUGUAGAAAGAAGUCAGGAUUCUGUGGAUGAUACAGCUGAAGAUUUAGACUUUUUAUUAUUGCUUAAAGAACCUGUGGAUGAAUAUUUAAUAACAGUGAAAUCUUUACCUACAUCUUCUAAUGCUGAUACAAAGAAAGUAACUAAAUCUGGUACAUCUGUAAAAUCUAUAGAUCUGGAGAAAUGGUUGGAUACUAUAUUAGAUGAUUAAGUAAAGUGUGUAGCAGUGGCAAAGUAUACCUUGAAUGCCAGUUCUGGAAUAUAAUCCUGCUGUAUCUUCGUCCAUGGAAGAAGAGUGUUAUAAAUGCCAAAGUAAAAUGUAUUAAAAACGCCAUUUCGCAUUAUUGUGGCGGUUAAACCUCUGUUGAGGCCAUUCAAUCCAAAUCCUUGCUGGGCCAGAAUGCGUCGGGUCACAGCAAAAGUGGAUGGACUGAGUUUUACAUGUUUACGAUCAGACUGCAUUUGUACUUUAACUGUUUCGAAUGGAUUUACUAAAAUACCCUCUGUCACGCCUGUUAAGAAGCCAGCAUAAUAAAAUACCUGAAAGAGGUAUUGUACUAUCAUUAAUAAUAUACAUUAUAUUUGUUUCCCUGGAUUGAACUUCAUCGACGUGUUUUACUAACUGUAUUAAUCAAAAAGAUAUACAGUAGACAAUUUAAAAAUAUAAAUGUAUAGAUAUAACCCAGAUACGAUAGUAAAACAAACAGUGCUCUUCGAAUCUGUCUGAUAACACUGCUAUUAUAUAACAACAAUUAGAAAGAAUAUCUGUUUCAUACAAUGUUUUGGAAAGGUUUUCAAUAUUAUAUGUACCAUUGUUUUCGAUGAACUAUCGUUAAAUAAUUUUUUGUACUGCUCGAAGGAGAAAAACUGAAAGAAAUUUAUUGCCAUUAUUUGAGAAGCAAUACGUACGCUAUGAAACUUCAUUCUUUUGCUUCAAGUGUGUAGAGUACCAUUUAAUUGAAAUACAAAUUACAUACUUUUAAGGCCCUCUUUGGUGUUUCCAUGAGAAUAGGAGGUAAUAUACCUUUCCAGAAUGCUGCAAACCCUUCAUUUAUAUACAUUUUUCGUAUGCAGUCACGAAUUCCUACAGUAGAAAUAUUAACAGAACCAUUUCGUAUAAACAAUUGACAAAAAGUAAUAAAAUGCUCCAACAAAUAUUAAUAAAAUAAUAUAAACAA